AUGUCGGAAUCAUCGAAAACCUGCAACUAUGCAAAAAGUGAACUCAUUGUAUUCAAAGUCAAAUAUCGCUCAAAUAUCAAGAGUUUUCAUAUUCCAAGGAAUAUGCCUAUGGAUGAAAUGAUGAGAUUUAUUGUGGAAUCCUUUCAAGAAUAUAAAAUUGAUGCGUCUAAAUUUCGACUGGGCAUUUUUUCCGGCAAUAUGCUGGUCCGUUACUUAUCUGAAACGAAAAGCUUUCUCCUUAGCAAUGAUCUCCUAGAACUAGUCUUGUCACCAGAAAUCUCUGCAAAGGAGCUAGCUUCCUUGAUGGCAUGUAUUUGCGAAUGCUUACUCAAUCCCGAAAGGCAUGGUGAAAUCGACAAUCUCUCUGAGAGAAUUGAGGAAACUCUGAAUUACCUUUAUUGUGAUGAAUUUGUUGCCAGCUUUGUUAAAAAUAACGGCGUUAAAACCCUCUUCAAUCUCAUUUCUUCCAUUAAUCAAUGUGCAGAACUGAAGUCCGAUCUUAAAGUCCAACUCUGGCGCCAAACACUCAGUGGCCUAUCAUUUCUAAUCUCCUAUGAUGAGUUGAUCCUCGAAACCGAACGCGGGAUAGACAUUAUUGAUUUUCCCUUCAAUACAAAUUGGUUGGAUUGGAAUGAAGUGUCGGAUGAAAUUAUAAUAAAGGUGCGUCUUCCAUUUUCAAUGAUUUUGAGUUAUCAUUACUUUGUGGAGGAUACGCUGGCUUUUCGAAACUGUCUUCUUGUUCUCCUGAGCUUCUUGAAAAGCUGCCCCAACCGCGUUCAACUACUGCUAGACAAUGCUAUCGCUUCCUUCCUCUUCAACGUUUUAGAAUCCACACAUACAAGAAAAACCCUUCCACCCCUUCCACAGGCUACAAGGGGGAAAGUCAGCAGGUCAAAUAGUAGACUAGGGAAUCUAGCCAUCAGACCAAAGAUCCUCUCUACAUCACAAUCAACGACUACUAGUCUGGAGGUGGCAAAUACUAAAGGAAUCGCGGGAAUUCUUACGGCAGCAGAGCAGGGGAAGAAAAAGCGAAGAGUAACGGAAUUGCAGGUUCUUACAGUGUGCCUGGUUCAUGCUAUCUACGAGGCCUCAGUGGAUUCUCUCACAGAAACACUCAAUAGUCUUCCCCCGUACUGCAUUGCCUCAGUUGUAGCUGUAGGUUCUCUUUCAAAUGAAUUUGUUAUGGGAAGACAAUUAGCCAGGUGUUAA